CCGUAGAUAGAGAAUGAUUAAAAUCAGCGGAAGUCUGCGCAGCCAUCGCCGCCAAAUCUCCACCGUCGAUUCUCCUAGUAGUGAUAAUAUCAUUUAUUUCCUAGAGAGAGAAACUCAACCUCUCUCGAUUCUAGAGAGAGAAACUCUCUCUAUUUAUAUCCCUUUCAACCCUCCCCCAAUGAUAAACUACUCACUACGACAGAGAAGGAAAAAGAUAGAAAAAAAAAAAAAAAGUUACUACAACGAAAGAAAGGUGUUGAGAUUUUCAGUAUGCAAAACAGCCGUAACGAAAGCUUGUUGGGUAUUUAUCCCAUUAAAGUAGAUUAGAUUUUCUGGGUUCUUUCUAUCUCGUUCUCGCUGUUGUAGCUUGCUAUACACGUGAUUCAGGAGAGGAGGAAAAGGCUGCAAUUGAAGGGCUGAUGAUCGUUUGCUCUCUUCCAUAAAAUCGCUGUAUUCGCGGUUGCUUUUUUUUUUUUUCCUUUAUCUUCUCUGUUCAGCCACAGCAGCUGUAACAGCAGGAGCAGCAACAGCAGCUGUUUCUUUUUUCUGUAUUCUUCUGAUUUGGGUUUUCUGGGGUUGGAGAGAUGAGUGAGAAAGAUGUGGGUGGUGUUGUGGUAAGGGAGUUUGAUGCGGAGAGAGAUUGCUAUGGUGUUGAAAUGGUGGAAAGAAGGUGUGAGGUGGGCCCCAGUGGAAAGAUGUCCCUCUUCACCGAUUUGAUGGGCGAUCCUGUUUGCCGUGUCCGCCAUUCUCCUGCUUUUCUCAUGCUGGUAGCUGAGAUGGGUGAAGAAAAGGAGAUCGUUGGAUUAAUCCGAGGAUGCAUCAAGACCGUCACUUGUGGCGAAAAGCUCUCUAGAAAUGGAAAGAACGCUGCCGAAAACAACGUACCUCUCCCGAUUUACACCAAACUAGCCUAUAUACUCGGCCUUCGCGUUUCUCCUUCUCACCGGAGAAUGGGUAUUGGACUGAAGCUCGUUUCUCGCAUGGAAGACUGGUUCCGAGACAAAGGAGCCGAGUAUUCAUACAUGGCGACCGACAAGGACAACGAAGCCUCAGUGAACCUGUUCACCGACCGUUGCGGAUACGCCAAGUUCCGUACUCCCUCCAUCCUCGUGCAGCCUGUAUUCGCCCACCGAGUCAGGAUACCGAGCCGAGUCAACAUCUUCCGACUCUCCCCCAGCGAAGCAGAAAACCUCUACCGACGCCGCUUCUCCACCACAGAGUUCUUCCCUCGCGACAUCGACUCAGUCCUCAACAACAACCUCAGCCUCGGCACUUUCCUCGCCGUAUCAUCCUCCCAAUCGUUUCCGGGUCUAGACCAGUUCCUCGCCAACCCGCCAGAGUCGUGGGCGGUUCUCAGCAUCUGGAACAGCAAGGAAGUCUUCCGGCUCGAGGUCCGUGGCGCGUCCCGGUUCAAGAAGGGGUUGGCGAAGACGAGCCGGUUCGUGGACCGGGUUUUCCAGUGUCUGAGAAUACCAUCCGUUCCUGAGCUGUUUCGGCCAUUCGGGUUGCAUUUCCUCUACGGGUUAGGUGGUGAAGGACCCGACUCAGUGAGUCUGACUCGGGCGCUGUGUGGGUUCGCUCACAACAUGGCGAAGGAGAGUGGGUGUGGUGUGGUGGCGACGGAGGUGGCGUGUUGCGAGCCGCUUAGGUUAGGUAUUCCACACUGGAAGAGGCUAUCAUGCGCAGAGGAUCUUUGGUGUAUGAAGCGGCUCGGGGAAGAUUAUAGUGAUGGGGCCCUCGGUGAUUGGACUAAGUCACUACCUGGGCCGUCCAUUUUUGUUGACCCUAGAGAGUUCUGAAAAGAAUGGCUGAGAAAAAAAUAGAUUUUUCUUUGUUUUUUUUUUUUUUUUUCUUUAAAUCGUUUAAGGGUAUUUUGGUAAUCUUUUUAAAGCUCUUGUAACGGUUUUUUUGAGAGAAAAAACACGAGAUGGAAUGUCACAUGUAAAAUGGGUGUACUUUUUUUUUUUUAUAGGCAUUUUGAGGAAUGUUAUUUUUUCACGUUAAAAUGACAUUUUUGCCCUUUUCUUGUUUU